AUGGCCUGGAGUAAGGUACCUCUGCUCUUGCAUGGAUUUCUCCUGCUGGUUCUGUGUAAACCCUCACUUCAAGGAGGAAUCUACAUACCAGCUGGUGCAGGGGGAGGAACUGGAGCUGGAUUAGGGGUUGGUCUUGGAACUGGAGCUGGACUUGGUGCUGGAACAGGCCCAGGAGGAGGAUUUGGUGCUGGAAUCGGAAGUGUUGGGCCAGGAAUUGGUCCUGGAGGAGUUGGAACGGGAUUAGGUCCAGGUGGUCUUGGAAUAGGGCCAGGAACUGGAAUCAGACCUGGAACUGGAGUUGGAGGAAUACUUGGUUUCAAACCAGGAAAGACAGGAAGCUUUGGAGGUGGUGGUGCUGGGGUGCAAGGUGCUGGACUGGGUGCAGGGCUUGGGGGAGUUGGGCCUGGUGGUGCAGGGCUUGGUACAGGAGGACUUGGUACUGGUGGAUUAGGCACCGGAGGCCUCGGGACAGGGUCAUUCGUCAAGCCACCUAAAACAGGAGGAUAUGGAGGUCUACCAGGAUUUGGACCUGGUGGUACAGGUGUUGGUCCUGGAUCACUUGCACCUGGAGGAUUUGGUCCUUCUGGCAUUGGUCCAGGAGGCAUUGGACCAGGAGGAAUAGGACCUGGUGGCAUAGGACCUGGUGGCAUUAGACCUGGUGCCAUAGGAACUGGACCAGGAAGUGUCGGACCUGGAGGAAUUGGUGCUGGUGUUGGAACUUGGAGCCUUGGAGCAGGUGCUGGUGGCAAACCCCCUAAACCAGGUUAUGGGAGUAUUCUAGGCACUCUUGGAACUGGAGGUCUUGGUGGCCUUGGACUUAGGCCAGGGGGUGCUGGCCUUGGAGGUGUAGUACCGGGUGGCUUUGGUGUUGGUCCUGGAGCUAGUGGCACUGGCACAGGAAUACCUGGACAAGGUGUGGGCACUGGGGUGGGAGGGUUUGGCCCUGGUGGAGCUGGUCCAGUAGGUGCUGGAAGAGGUGUGGGAGGAAAACCACCCAAAACAGGUUAUGGAGGUCUUGGUGGUUAUGGCCCAGGAGGUGUCAGCACUGGAGGUAUAGGACCUGGUGCCAUUGUCCCUGGUGGCAUUGGACCAGGUGGCAUUGUCCCUGGUGGUGUUGGACCAGGUGGUAUUAUCCCUGGUGGUGUUGGACCAGGUGGCUUCAGGCCAGGUGGCAUUGUCCCUGGUGGUGUUGGACCAGGUGGUAUUAUCCCUGGUGGUGUUGGACCAGGUGGCUUCAGGCCAGGUGGCAUUGUCCCUGGUGGUGUUGGACCAGGUGUCUUGAGUCCUGGAGCAGGCAGAAAACCUGGGAAACCAGGUUAUGGUGGGCCUGGGGGUUUUGGUGGUGGACCGUUUGGAACAGGAAGUCUUGGAGCAGGUGCUAUUCCACUUACACCUGGAGGUGCUGGAACAGGCUAUCCAUCAGGUGGUAGCUAUAGUGGAUAUGGUACUUAUCCUGGAGCUGGAACAACUGGUCAGAAACCACCAAAACCAGGAAUUGGACCUGGAGGUGUAGGAAUUGGUCCAGGCGGCACAGGACUUAGACCUGGGGGUACGGGAGUUCUGCCUGGAGGUGUAGGAAUUGUACCGGGUGGCACAGGAAUUGGUCCAGGUGGAGCUGGAUUUGGGCCUGGAGGUGUAGGAAUUGGACCUGGUGGCACUGGAACUGGAAUUGGAGGAGCAGGAGUUGCACCUGGUGGAGCACCUUUUCUCCCUCAAACUGGCUUAGCAGGAACUGGAACUGGGACAGGUGCUGGGGGAAAAGUCGGAAAGUUUGGGAAGGCACCAGUGCCAGGUGUUGGGAUUCCUGGGCUAUACCAAGGGGGUAUAGUUCCUGGACAAGGUUUUGGCGGUAGAGGCAUUCUGCCAGGUGUAGCCACAGGAUCUCAAACUGGGCAGCUUGGUCAAGGUGCACUUGGAGCUAAUGGAGGCCGUGGAGGAUUUGGUCAACAAAUACCAGGCGUGUUCCGUGGAUAUCCUCUUAUAUCACCAAAGUCUGGAGGUACAAGCGCUGCUAAGUCUCAGGCUAAAGCUGCCAAGUACGGGGCUGGUGGUGUUCCGGGUCUCGGUGGUGGGCUUGGAGUUAUACCUGGUGCAGGUGGUAUACCAGGUGCAGGUGUUGUUCCAGGCAUAAGUGGCAUACCUGGUGCAGGUGGUGUGCCAGGAAUAGGCGGUGUUACAGGUGCAGCUGGUGUUCCAGGUGUCGGAGUCAUUCCUGGAGCUAGCGGUGGAACUCCAGGUGUCCUAUAUCCGGGAGCUGGUGGUUCCUAUCCUGGGGGAACUGGGGCAAAAGCUCGAAAGUAUGCUUUCGGCAUAGGAACUGGUGGACUUCCUGGUUCUGGUUUGGGAGUGGGUGGUCUUGGAGCUGGAGGACUACCUGGUUCUGGUUUGGGAGUGGGUGGUCUUGGAACUGGAGGACUUCCUGGUUCUGGUUUGGGAGUGGGUGGUCUUGGAGCUGGAGGACUUCCUGGUUCUGGUUUGGGUGUGGGUGGCCUUGGAGCUGGAGGACUUCCUGGUUCUGGUUUGGGAGUUGGUGGUCUUGGCACUGGUGGAAUCCCUGGACCUGGAGUUGGUCCUGAAGGAUAUGCUGCAGCCAAAGCAAGAAAAUAUGCUCAGCUUGGACGUCUAGGUGGGACUUUAGGUACAGGAGGAUUGCCAGGUGGAGCAGCCGGUGUGUCUGGUGUUGGACUUGGUGGACUACCUGGUGGUGGUCUUGGGAUUGGUGGACAACCUGGAGGCGGAUUUGGAGGGCUACCUGGAGGUGGAUUUGGUGGAUUACCUGGUGGAGGAGCUGGUGGACUGCCUUUUGGAGUUGGUGGUCUUCCUAGCGGUGGUGCUGGAGGACUCCCCGGCUCUGGAAAUGGAUAUGCAGAGGCAAAAGCUCGUAAAUAUGGUCUACUCGGUGGAGGUGCUGGUUUAGGUCCAGGCACUGGAUUAGCUGCAGGUAUUCCAGGUGGAUUACCAGGCACUGGUGUCAGACCAGGUGGGGCAGGGAUUAUACUAGGAACUGGGGCUGGACAAGGAGGUGUCCCUGGUGUGGGUUUUGGUCCAGGAGGUGUACCCGGUGGUGGGCUUGGACCUGGUAGUGUUCCUGGAAGUGCAUUUGGACCUGGAGGAUACGCUGGGGCCAAAGCUCGCAAAUAUGGGAUUACUGGUGGAGCUGGUGGAACAGGAUUGCCUGGAGGAUUAGGAGGGUCACUUGGUAGUGGAACAGUGUCAGGUGUUGGAGCUGCUGGAGGAAUUGGACCUGGGGGGGCACCAUUUGGUGGUUAUGGACCAGGAGGAGCACCAAUCAGUGGCUACGGACCUGGAGGGGCACCUGUAGGUGGUUAUGGGCCAGGAGGAGUACCUGCUGGAGGAUAUGGACCUGGCUCUGGAGCAUAUCCAGGUGGACCAAAGGCCCUAAAAUAUGGUCCUGGUGGUAGUGGAGGAGCUACAGGACUUGGUCUACAGGGUCAGGUAGGAACCGGUCCAGCAGGAGGAUUUGGAACGGGGGCAUGGCCAGUUGGUGGUUAUGGUCCAGGGACUGUAGGAGGCCACGGGUCUGGAUUUACAGGAGCAGGACUUCCUGGUAGUGCUGUCGGAGCAGGAAGCAGAGGAGGGCUUGGGCCUGGGUAUGGAACAGGUGCUGGAGGAUAUGGACCUGGAUCGAAAGCAGCUAAAUAUGGCAAGUUGAAACACACUACAUACAUUUACAUGUAUAUUGCAAGUGGCUCUUGA